AUGGGGUCGCUUGCGGAGUCACCACGAACAUCAUCUUCGAACCGGCCAAAAAUCCUGUUCAUCGACGCGUAUGACUCCUUCUCCAACAACAUAACAUCUCUGCUGGCUACUCUCCUGGACGUCGAAGUUUUCGUCCUCCCCAUCGACACCGCUAUCUCCAAGGAAGAUUUCCGCCGCGAGCUUGACCACUAUGAAGCCGUCGUCUGCGGGCCCGGCCCAGGUUCGCCCCAAAAUGAGGCUGACGUGGGCUUGAUGAAUUGGCUCUGGGAGCUGCCUGAGGACGAUCUGAUUCCAGUUCUCGGAGUAUGCCUGGGAUUUCAAAGCCUGGUGCUCGCAUGUGGUGGUAAAGUCAGGAGGCUGAGGAGGGGAUUGCACGGAAUGGUGAGGAACAUCGAGCACCGCUCGGCAGUUGAGCUCUCAAGGGACGAAAACAUCUUUGUGGGCGUGCGCAACUUCAAGGCGACACUGUACCACAGCCUCUGUGCCGACGUGGGACAGGACACCAUGGAGGACUGGCAAGACCGCAGGUGGGAUCAUCCGUCAGGUCUCUGCGAUAUAGUUCCUCUAGCCUGGGUUGAAGAGGACAGGGAGGACGGCCAAGGAACGGAAAGGGUCCUGAUGGCCAUGAAACAUCAGCGAAAACCAUUCUGGGGCUUGCAAUAUCACCCCGAAUCCGUUUGCACGGAAGAAGCAGGGAACCUGGUGAUCCGCAACUGGUUCAAGCAGGCUUUGCGGUGGAACUGUGAACACAGACUUGCCGCCGUCAGCCCGGAUGAAAACAUCAUCUUGGCGAGGAAAGCCUUCAAACCUAGUCUUCUGCAGCGAGUCGCCGUUGUCGAUGCGAACAGACCGCUGGGAAGGGACGUCUGGGAGUCGAUGCUCCAUGGAAGUGAUCAAAAGCUUCUCUACAAAUCCACCAGCAUCAGUAUAUCGCCAGCAACAGGAAUCGAGAUUCCUGAUAUCGUGGAGGUUCUCGGUUCUACAGACACCGACCAUGUCAUACUUGACUCUGCAAACGGCAACCAGCCCAGGUCUAAGACGGGAGUUGACGUCCGCGGAAGAUUCAGCAUCAUCGCUCUCGAAAUUGAUGAGUGUGUGCGCAUCGAGAGUCACACCGGAGAUAGUUUCAUAAGCAUCAUUUCUCCGGGACAGCCCUCGCACAAGGUCUCGCUUCAGCCGGGGGAAAACGUGUGGCACCUUUUGGCCGAGUUUCACGGGUACAAGCGCUCGUCUCUAGAAACACAUGGGGGCAGCGUUCCACAAGAGGGAGACGUUCCAUUCCUGGGUGGAUUCGUUGGCUAUGUGACUUACGAACAAGGCCUUAGUGAUAUUGGGAUCGCGCUGGGUAAAGAACGGGAACAUCGGAGGCCGGAUGUGUGCCUGGUUUGGGCCACAAAGUCCAUCGUUGUGGACCACGAAAUUGGCAUUUUACACAUUCAGGAUUUAGAAGGUGACACACGAUGGAUUGCUUCGGUGGCAGCGAAGCUACAGGACUCCGAAUUGUGGCGACAUGGAUCGUGUACGGAACCGAACAAAGGAUUGACGCCGUCGCAUGCGCUGGGGACGCAGAUACGCAAACCGGAACAGGCCAAGUACGAGGCAAAGGUGCGCAUGUGCCAGGAGUACAUUGCGGCAGGUGAGUCCUAUGAGCUCUGUCUGACCGAUCAGACACACAUCACGAAGAGCAUAAGGACCCAGAAGGAGGGCUGCAACACAGAACACUCCGUGGCGCCUUCUCGAUUGCCGGGCUCAAGUGCUCGGAAGACGAUUCCGCAGUCGGACACAUCCUGGGAUCUCUACCGCAUAUUGAGAAAGCGGAACCCGGCACCGUUCGCCUCAUACAUCCGCCUCGGGGGCGCGACGCUCGUCAGCUCGUCACCGGAGCGCUUCUUGCAGUAUGACCGCUCAGGCCUGUGCUCCAUGAAACCUAUGAAAGGCACCAUCAAGAAAUCAUCAGAGCCUGCCGAGGGAUGCGCAACAACCCUCGAGGAGGCGGAAGCAAUUCUGCAUAUCCCCAAGGAAGAAGCCGAGAAUUUGAUGAUUGUGGACUUGGUCAGACACGACAUGCACGGAGUCUGUGGCGCAGGCCAGGUGUGGGUGCCAGAACUGCUGAAAGUGGAGGAAUAUCAAACAGUCUAUCAGAUGAUCACCGUGGUUGAGGGACAGCUUCCACAGCCGGACAAAUGGAAACCUCACUCGAGAUACUCGGGACUUGACGUGCUCUCAGCGAGUCUUCCUCCGGGGAGCAUGACAGGCGCACCGAAGAAGAGAAGCUGUGAGAUUCUGCAGCAAAUCGAGGGACACAAAGAGAGGAGCUUAUACUCUGGCGUGGUAGGUUACAUGUGCGUCUCAGGCAGAGGAGAUUGGAGCGUCACCAUCAGAAGUAUGUUCAGAUGGGACGAUGAGCGCCAAAGGGGCGGGGAGGAUGAUGAAGAGAAGGAGACCUGGCAUAUCGGCGCUGGAGGCGCCGUGACUAUCCUGAGCACUCCUGAGGGCGAAAGGGACGAGAUGUUCGUGAAGCUUGCGAGGCCGUUGAGCAUCUUUGGCGAGACAUCUUGA